CUUGCUAAGAAGUUCAGUACCUGUUCCAAGGAUGAGACUCGUGCCGACAUUAUCCUGCCAACUAUCCUGCUUGACUUGACAAUGUAUGUGCCUAAAGUUCUUACUGGAGACUCUUUCAGGAUAUAUGUAUAUUGCACGAUCAACUGAUGUCCUGUAAACUCAGGGGGACAUUGGUUGGAGAAAGCCACCAUGGCUUGCUUACAUGGACCACGACUACUGAAUUUGGAGAAAACCCCUCCUCAUCUUCAGUUCAAUGACUUGAUCCUGACGGGCUACCGGCCAAUUUCAACCUUUCAGGGGUGCAUCAGAAGCUUGUUCUACUUGCACAAUGAAUUUGGUAACAUUUAUACCCAUGGAAUCCCAUUCUUCUGUUUCCUUGUGCUGCUGCCACUUAACAUCCCCUGGUCUGAGGUGGAGCAAACGUGGAUGUGUGUGUUCCACUACCUUGCCUGCCUGUCCCCCACCGUGGGCUCAGUGCUUUACCACACCUUCAUGAACCAUGAGGGCGGGGAGCCCAUCUACGACACACUCCUUUCCCUUGACAUGGUCGGAGUCUGCCUGGUCAACACCUUGGGAUGCCUGCCCAUCAUCUAUAUCACCCUGAUGUGCUACCCUGUCACUUGCAUCCUGGCCCUCCUGACCUACAGCCUAAUCUCAGCCUGGGGCAUCCUCUGUGCCACCACAGCGCGUAGCAACUAUGGGCGCCUUCGCGCUUUCAUCUGGCAGGCCCUCUUCCGUGUGCUCCUCUUCCUAUUCCGUUGGCUGGGCGACGGUGUAGGCAGCCCAGCUUCGCUCCGCCUCUUCUUCACCAUGGACAUGCUGGCUAUCAUGGGUGGCCUGGUGAACCUUAGCCGGGUGCCCGAGCGUUUUAGCCCAGGCCUCUUCGACUACUGGUGCAACAGCCACCAGAUAAUGCACGUGCUGGUGAUCUGCUCCAUUAUCUACAUGCACUGGGGGAUGCUGGAGGAUUUAGCCUGGAUUAAGACGUUCCAGUGUCCGGUGUUGGAGUGAGGGACAGAGAACAAAUAGGGCUGGGGCGUAGGAUUUGAGGGGUGGGUAGGAGUGACCAUAAAAAUAGAAUGACCAGAAUGGACAGCCCCAUUCAAGUCUAUGUUCGGUGAUGGGUGGACUGGCAGCCAUAUUGAAUGUACUUACCGAUAAGUACACGUUAACAUUUCUGUGGUCUGAGGGGCUUUAAACCUUCUCGUAAAUUAUAUUUCUAUGGGUGACGAGAGAGUGAAAUUAAUGUUUUAACAUGCACUUUAGGACUAGCUGCUGAAAUUACUGCAAGGAUUACGAUUGAUUCACUGUCCAUUUUGAAAUAUUCACCCCCGUACAGCAGAAUGUAGGGAUAAGAAUCGAUUGGUGCUAUUAAUGAUGGACGUCAGGGAAUUGUUGUUUUGCUUUUGAACCCAAAUUUCAGCGUUAUUACUUUGCAAUGAGAUGGACACACAUCUACACGAUUCUGUAUCAGUUAAAAUGCAGUAGGCUUUUGCCUCCAGUGACCAACUUACAUUUUUUCAAUGAAAAGGAUUGCAAUAAAUUAAAUAAAUAUAUAUUUCUA